AUGCACGGAUUGCUCACAGCUCUGGUCCUUUGUUACUUCACCAUUUCCAGCAUAGCUGGGAAGGCAAGUUCGUGCAUCCCUGAGGAGCGAGAUGCGUUGCUUGCCUUCAAAGCAGGUUUCACUGACCCAGAAGACAAGCUGCGUUCGUGGCAAGGCCAGGAUUGUUGCAAUUGGACUGGGGUGGCCUGCAGCAACAAGACCCACCAUGUCAUCAAGCUGGAUGUCAGCCAGUUCGGUCUUAUCAAAGGGGAAAAUGAAAUCAACUCAUCUUUGGCUUCUCUGACAAGGCUUGCAUACCUUGAUCUGAGCGACAACAACUUUGGUGGGCUGGCCAUUCCAGAAAUUUUAGGAAGCUUCAAGAAAUUGAGGUAUCUUGAUCUUUCACGUGCCUACUUUGGUGGUAAGGUCCCUCCCCAGCUCGGUAAUUUGUCAACCUUGGAGCAUCUUGAUCUCAAUUCCUUCAGUUCGUCAUCUACAAUCCGAGUGGAUAGUUUCCUUUGGGUUUCUCACCUUACGUCACUUACAUAUCUAGAUCUUGGUUGGGUGUAUCUUGCUGCAUGCUCAGACUGGCUGCAAGCCCUUAGUAAUCUUCCUUCGCUUAAAGUUCUUCACUUGAAUGAUGCAUUUCUUCCUGCCACGGACUUGAAUUCUGUUUCUCAUGUCAACUUCACGGCCCUUACGGUACUCAAUCUUACCAACAAUGAGCUCAAUUCUUCUCUGCCAAAUUGGAUUUGGGUGCUGAAUUCUCUAUCACAUUUGGACUUGUCUGGCUGUCAACUUUCGGGCUCAAUUCCUGAUAAGACAGAAAAUUUGACCUCCCUUGAAUUGCUUCAGUUGCGGAAUAACCACUUGACAGGAGAAAUACCACAGGCUAUGUGUAGGUUGUGCAACUUAAACUAUAUUGACUUGUCUAUGAACAAUUUAUAUGGGGAUACUGCAGCAAGGAAGAACCCGUUCUUCUGCAUGAAGCAACUACAUUUUCUUGAUGUUGGCGAUAAUAAUGUAACUGGAAGUCUAUCUGGUUGGCUUGAGGAUUUAACAAGUGUAAUCUAUCUUGACAUCAGCAAUAACUUAUUUUCUGGGCAGGGCCGUACUUCCCUUACUGGCUGCGCUCACAAACAAAAAUUGAGAUGGUUGAUCUACGCAGCACAGAUAUCAUGGGCACAUUACCUGAUUGGCUCUGGAACUUCUCUUCAUCCAUCACUAGCUUGGAUUUAUCAAAUUCUCCCAGAUUGUUGGCAGAAGGCCUCACCAUUGCAAGCCAUAGACUUCUCAAGAAACAAGCUCCAUGGAGAAAUACCUUCAACCAUGGUUUCUAUAACCUCCCUUGCUGUAUUAUCCCUAAGCGAGAACAGCUUAACUGGUAAUUUUCCCACCUCCUUGAAAUCAUGCAAUAAAUUGAUCAUUCUGGAUCUGGCACAUAAUAAUUUAUCUGGUGAGAUAGGCACUUGGAUGGGUGAUAGCCAACAGUCUCUGCUUGUGCUGUCUCUAUGGUCAAAUCAAUUUUCUGGAGAAAUACCUGAGCAACUGUUCCAACUUCACGACCUACAGUAUUUGGAUCUUUCUCGCAACAACUUAUCUGGUCCUGUACCACUUUCUCUAGGAAGUUUAACGGCUAUGAGUGUAUAUCAGGAGGGUUUUAGGGAAUAUGCUGUCAAAUUUCCACAAUUCAAAUUCACGGUUUAUGAUGGUCCUCUUCCACAGGUGGCUGUGCACAUAGCCACUGGUGGGUUACUCUAUCUAUUUGUGAUAAGCAGUACAGAUCUUUCAAGAAAUCAACUCACUGGGGAAAUUCCCAAAGGAAUAGGAGCUCUAUCUUCGCUGGUAAACUUGAAUCUCGCAGGAAAUCAUAUAAUUGGUAUUAUUCCUGAGGAAAUUGGCAACCUAUGGAGAGAUGAAUUCCACAGCAGGCCUACAAAAGCAGUAGGAUGGUGGGGAGAAGGUUCAAAGAAGAUUCUUGGCGGCAGGGAUGUGCUUGGUGGAGGAACAUGGAUGGGUUGCACCAAGGAUGGCAGGCUUGCCUUCCUGACCAAUGUGCUUGAACCAGAUGCCAUGCCCGGUGCACGGGCUAGGGGAGAUCUGCCUCUCAGGUUCCUGCAGAGCAACAAGAGCCCACUUGAAGUUGCAACUGAAGUGGCAGAAGAAGCUCAUGAAUACAAUGGCUUCAACCUCAUACUAGCCAAUCUAACAACAAAUAUCAUGGUCUAUGUGUCAAACCGGUCUAAGGGGCAGCCUGCAACAAUUCAACUCGUCUCACCAGGACUCAAUGUGCUGUCCAAUGCAAGGCUAGAUAACCCUUGGCAGAAGGCAAUUCGCCUCGGUAAAAACUUCAGGGAGCUUCUUAGGGAGCAUGGUGAUGAUGAGAUUGAAGUGAAGGAUAUAGUUGAGAGGCUAAUGACUGACACCACAAAGGCUGACAAAGAUAGACUGCCAAACUCUGGUUGUGAUCCCAACUGGGAGCAUGGUUUGAACUCCAUCUUCAUUGAGGUGCAAACUGACCAAGGGCUCUACAGGACACGGAGCACAGCUGUUUUAUCAGUGAACUAUGAUGGUGAAGCUAACUUGUACGAGUACCUUGAGAGUGGUAUAUGGAAGGACCACACACUGAAUUACCAGAUAUGA